AUGGAUGGAGAUAGUUCAACUGUUCAAAAAGUAGACUGUAGCACUGCGCCCAUAAUGGAAGAUAGAGAAGAAGCAGUUCCACCUGUGAUAAGUGAAAGAAAUUGUGUCAGUGAUGUAAAUAGUGAAGAUCUUAAUAGUAAUGAUGAACAAAACAGUGGUAGUGUCUCUCAGUUUUAUGAGAUUAGUGAUAGUAAAGUAGAUUAUGCUGUAAAAAUAGAUGAUAAUGACACUUUAAGUGACGUAGAUGAUAUCAAAACAGACACGGCGUCAGCGGAUAGUGAAGAUUCCGCUUUGGGUAGUCUUCCACCCGAUUCCACACUUAACGAUAGAGAAGAAGAUGCACAAGAUAGGUCAGAUGGAAGCGAUUCUGGCCUUGGAUCAGAGACAGUAGAGGAUGCGAAGUUACCAUCCUUUGAUUUAGCAUUGCCGUCAACAAGUGACAAUAAGAAUAAUAAUACCGAAGAAGACACUGAACCUCUCAAAAUAAUAGAACAUACGGAGACCCUUUACUCAGACAACAGUGAAAAAGAAAAAUCGCACACACCUCUUAAGAGCAGUCUAAAAAGAAAAUUACAAGACGACGAAAACAACUUAGAACCAUUUCAUAAAAAACGAAAAGAAGCAAUAAAAUUCGACAAUGUCACAGUUUUUUAUUUUCCAAGAGCACAAGGCUUCUCUUGUGUGCCAUCUCAGGGUGGGUCUACAUUGGGUAUGGAAUGGCAACACACACACGUACAGAAGUUUACUUUGGCCGAGCAUGCCCUGGAACAAAGAAGAUUACAUCGACAGCUAUUACAACAACUGAAAAAUGAAAGACAUUCUAUGUCUGGUGUUUCACUGUCCUCCAGUGAAGAUAGUGACACAGAAGAAGAAGCAAGUGAUAUAUCGGAAUCAGAAUUAGAUUUAGAUAGCUAUUAUUUCUUACAACCAGUACCUACGCGGCAGAGACGAGCGUUACUUCGAGCAGCAGGAGUGAGAAAAAUUGAAGGUUACGAAAAAGACGAAUGCAGAGAUAUCAGAACGUCACGCGAGUUUUGCGGAUGUGCAUGUAAAGGAGUGUGUAAUCCAAAUAGUUGUUCAUGUAGCUUAGCUGGUAUUAAAUGCCAAGUUGACAGGCUUAAUUUUCCUUGUGGUUGCAGUAGAGAUGGAUGUGGAAACACAUCAGGUCGUAUCGAGUUCAAUCCUAUAAGAGUGCGAACUCAUUUUAUUAAUACUCUCGUAAGAUUGGGUCUCGAAAAAAAGAACGAAGAAAGCCAAGAAGCUAAACGCCAAUGGGUAGCGCAAGCUAUGACCAGUGCUCCACAAGCUAUACCUCAUGUAUCAUAUGAAAAAGAGCACUGCCACAAUAUUCAAAGUACUGCAGUACAUAGUCAUAAUUCUGCAAACCCUCAAAUAGAAAGUUGUGUAAAUCCAGGCGCAUUUGCCCACAUUAACAAAAAUACCGUGAGUACAUCCAGAAAUGAAGAAAAUCAAAUUCAAAAAAAUAAUCAAGACGUACACAUAUUAAAUUUUGAUGACAAAUCUAUCCAUAGAAACCACGGCCCCUACACGUCUAAUAUUCUUCAAGGAAAAGGUCCGCCUCACUCAGUAACUAAUACAAUGAAUUUUAAUAUGUCGAAUAAUUUACAAAGAUAUUCAUGCGAUCUCAAUUACGCUUACGAACAGCGUGCGGACCAUAGUCAUGCUUUUAAAUCAUUACAAAGUUACUCCGCAACAAGCUUUGAGGAAUUCGCUCAGAAUUCCCACAUAUCAAUGUUUAAUCCAUAUGGCCACAUUUACUCAACAGAGUACAUGCAUAAACCUUCAACGAGUAUGUCGGAGCACAAUUUACAAUACCAUGAGCCGACGCAAAACAACUACGAAAUUUACAAAAAUAACUGUGAAAGUAGCGAGGACAAAUCUGAUACAAAUUACACAGCCCUAAUGCCAUAUCAAUCUAGCAAUAAGUUGCAAUCGGUAGAUAAUGAUGAGAAUUGGUUUAGUCAGAACACGUUAUUAAACUUGGAUAGUGCUGAACAAACCACACAAGACACUUACGCGUCACAGCCCACGCAAUCUGAUGGAAACACGAAUGAAGUUACGGAAAAUUUUGGUGAAUUAAUUAAGAAAACUAUGGUAGAGUCUGUUAUUGUGUAG